CGAAGUAAAGAGGGAGUUUUGGGACGCCUUGGAUGGGGUGGUUGUUGGUUUUCCACUGACUGAGAAAGUCAUCAUUGGAGGCGACUUCAAUGGCCAUAUUGGAGACUCGGCCGAGGGCUUCGAGGACGUGCACGGUGGUUUUGGCUUUGGCAGCAGGAACCCAGCAGGAGUUUCACUCUUAGAGUUUGCCAGAGCGAGUGAUAUGGUGGUUGCUAACUCUUGUUUCCCAAAACGAGGCGUUCAUUUGGCUACAUUUGUUAGUGGAGUGGGGACGACACAGAUCGACUAUCUUCUCCUGCGCAGGUGUGAUCGAGUGCUCUGCAAGGAUGCUAAAGUAGUUCCGAGUGAAAACAUCACUACCCAACACAAGCUUCUCGUGAUGGAUGUCAUGAUCAAAUGGGUGAAACAUAGGAGAGCUUCGAGUGGCAACACACAAAUCCGGUGGAGGAGACUAAGUGGGGAGAAUAUCUCUGAGUUGAUCAGGCGAGUGCAGGAGAAAGGUGCGUGGGAAUCGGCCGGAGAGGCUACAGAUAUGUGGAAGCAGACUGCUAACUGCAUAAGGGAAACAGCCAGGGAAGUGUUAGGUGUGAGCUCUGGCUCUGGGAGUAGGCGUCAGGGUGAUUGGUGGUGGAGCGAUUCAGUCCGUAUUAAGGUGGAAGCUAAGAAGGUGGCAUAUUUGAGGUACAUGGGCUGCAAUGUUGAGGAAGAAAGAACGGCGUUACGAGUGGAGUAUAAGAAGGCACGUAAAGAAGCCAAGUUAGAGGUUACGAGGGCAAAGAAUGCCACGUUUGAACGCCUCUACAAGGAUAUUGAGGAGAAAGGCGGUGUUAAUACACUGUUCCGGCUUGCUAAGGUGCGUGAGAGGAAGGCCCGAGAUCUGGACCACGUCAGAUGCGUGAAGGGGAGCGAUGGUAGAGUGUUAGUUGAGACUGCCAAAGUGGCUAAGCGCUGGGGGGAGUACUUCUGUGAUCUCUUAAAUGCGGGAGGAGACCAGAGGCUAGUUCUUGAUGAGCUGGGGCAGUCUGGGGCGUCUCGUGUGUAUUGUCGGCGCAUUUGCCUGGGAGAGGUGGUUCGGGCUCUCCGAGGGAUGCGUAGCGGGAGAGCUUUGGGACCAGAUGAGAUUCCGGUGGAGUUUUGGAAGCAUGCGGGCCGUGGUGCGUGGGUUUGGUUAACCAAACUCUUCAAUGUUAUCUUUCGGACAGCAAGGAUGCCUGAUGAGUGGAGGGAGAGUCUCUUGGUCCCCUUGUUUAAAGGUAAAGGUGACAUNCGAAGUUAUCCGACGUCAGGUAGGCAUGGCGCCGGUGGAGGAUAAGUUGCGGGAAGCGAGGUUGAGAUGGUUGAGCCGGGGGUCUCUUGGAAACAGCCUCCCUACUUUCAAAUAGGGG